CUUUCGGAGUCUCAGUAGUUUUGAUUCACCAUCGUGAUAGCUUCGUAUAGCUGCCGAUACCGAAUAGCUCCACAUAGCUUAGUUGCGAUCGCACCCGAUCCAAACUAUGCUUGGAAUAAUGGCACCGCUGUGCGCAGUCGGGCUUGUGGCUACUGGCGCUGAGCACGUGGAUCUGCAGCUCGUGCAGACGCGCACGGCCAGUUUCUUGCGUGGCAGUAGGAUCUGGCAGGGACGCCAUACCUCUACCCAGGGAGACGAGUGCUACGAGAAGGUGUUGUGGGCGAUGCGGACGGGCACCAAACAACACCCAGCGUGGUAUCUCCCCCUGACGAGUCAUUCCAGCUUCGAGGACUUCCAGCAGCACCUGCACGCCGUGGACAGGCUCUCUGACGUGUGUCCCAGGCCAUGUGCAGCGGCGCAGUCGGAGGAGCGACCGACGGAGCAGUUGCCCGCGCCGAUCCCUACAGCACAGCAUGUUGGAACUCCAAUGCCAACAGAAUUCCAAUUGCAACUCGUAUGGGACUAGUAGCACGCACGUAAGUAUGGCUUCUGAGCCGUCGAGGCCUACCCUCCGGUUUUUCCGCCAUGAAGAGUCAUCUCCGCCAGGCGUGUUCAAUAACGCGACCUGAUGCUUUUGCUACAUGCGCGCACGCGCGCAGCGGGAGCAGCACGUCGAUUGGACGUACCUGUUUCCGCCGUGGGCCAGCUCCACUAGCAAAAAAACACUGGGAGAACUCCGCGUAGCGCGUCACUCCGCCGGGCCCCCAGCAGCCCUCGAACGCGGCGACAGUUUCGCAGGUCGCAGC